GGACUCUCUAGUAAGCGCCGUGGCUAAACGGCCCGCACCGAGCAGCUAUCGUCAGCCCGCAAAUCCGGCCGCUCGCGCGUCCCCCGCAACAUGGCGAUGGUGGCGGCACGCCCCCUCGUGCUCCUCACGUCCGCCUUGGCGGCCCUCGGCGUUGGGCCUCGGGCAUGGCCCCGCCUAGCCGUUUCCUCCUCCACCUCCGCCUCGGGGCUCCCCAGGCCGGCGGUCGCCCUCUGCUGGCGCCGCUCGUUCGCCGCCGCGGCCGGCGGCGCCGUGAUGGGGAAGGCUGGCCCCGGAGCCGUCGACACCGACGCGGGGAUGGACGCCGUCCAACGGCGGCUCAUGUUCGAGGACGAGUGUAUUUUAGUGGAUGAACAAGACAAUGUCGUCGGCACGAGUCCAAGUAUAACUCAAAGGUCUGCGACAAAAGUGACAUUUCCACUUGUCUGGACAAACACUUGCUGCAGUCAUCCUCUAUAUUGUGAGUCUGAGUUGAUUGAGGAUAAGUGCCUAGGGUCAGAAACGCAGCGUUGCGUAAGCUGUUUGAUUAACUGGGAAUUACGGCUGAAGAUUACCAGUUGACCAGUUCAUUCCGCUCGGGCGGAUGCUCUACAAGGCUCCCUCAGAUGGCAAAUGGGGAGUAAAUACUUGCACUCUAUUACUUGCUGGAUUUCUACACUUCUAUUUGGUUCAGCUGUCUGUUGCUCCUCUCCACUAUUUCAAGAAGUGUCUUAAGACCUUUGAAUUUGUCGAUUUCUUGUCAUUUCAGUGGACUGCUUCCUGUUCAUGGUCCGUGAUGUGAAGCUGAGUCCCAAUCCUGAAGAGGUGGCCAACGUCAAGUACAUGAACCACGAUCACCUGAAGGAGCUGAUCAGGAAAGCAGACGCAGGGGAAGACGGCGUUAAGCUGUCCCCUUGGUUCAGGCUGGUGGUUGACAACUUCCUCAUGAGCUGGUGGGAUCAUGUCGAGCAAGGGACUCUGCAGGAGGCCGCCGACACGAAUACAUCCAUAAGCUGUAGUCACGUAGAUCACUAAGUACUGUUUUGCUCCUUUGAGAAAUAAGCGCUGCUGCUGCUACUGCUGCUGCUGUGGGAGCAUGUUUUGUAACAGGUGGUUUUCUAUGCAAAUAAUCCAUGUAGAAAUACCAGAAUGUUCUGAUAUCCAAAAUGAUAACAAUUAUCAUUGAGGCCUCUUUCGAAA